CUCCAUCACCUGUCUCUGGUGAGCUGCUUCCGAUCAGCCUCCAGGUCCACGAAUUCUCUUCUGCUGUCCUACACCUCAUCCUCUGAGACCUGAAUUUCCAUGGCUCUACUUGUCAAUUCUAGAAUUCCUUUUCAAACCUGGGCCUUCUUUUGUAAUGUCUUGCUUGAUCCUGUGUCUGACUGUGCCUCCUGCACCUUCUCCCGUCUCUCGCCCUAAGCCCCUUGAAGGCGCCAGCCUUUGGCUCCGGCUGUUUCCCACGGUGCCCAGAAUCGCGUCAGGCCUGGCACAGACUCGGUGAGGGUAGGAAGCGGUGCCGCGGGGCUGCAGCCUGGCCCGCCCAUUCCCUCAGCCAUGGCAGCCCCGCCGCCCUCCAGACCUCACUCGAGCUCCGCGCUGCGAGAGGCUCCUGGGCCGGCCAUGACGUCACAGACUGUGACGCUCCCAGGAGCCCCGCCCCUCGCGUCCCGAGCCGGGGACCCAGGCUCUCUGCGCCGUGACGUCACGAGCCCGGGCGGGCAGGUUGUGCGUCGGCCCAAUGGGAGCGGUGCGCCGGCCUCCCCUUUAAGGAAUGUUGUGACCUGACGUCACUGGGCGAGUUACCUCCCGCAGCCGCCGCCGCCGCGCUCAGCGCGAGUCCCGGAGCCCUUGAGCGUGAGGCACGGAGCCCCCGGAGCCCCCAAACCGCAGCCACAUCCCCACGUCCCAGAGCCCCGGCCUGCGCGCCCAACCGGGCCCGCGCGAUGCCCUCAGACCGGCCUUUCAAGCAACGGCGGAGCUUUGCCGACCGCUGUAAGGAGGUACAGCAGAUCCGCGACCAGCACCCCAGCAAGAUCCCGGUGAUCAUCGAGCGCUACAAGGGUGAGAAGCAGCUGCCCGUCCUGGACAAGACCAAGUUCCUGGUCCCGGACCAUGUCAACAUGAGCGAGUUGGUCAAGAUCAUCCGGCGCCGCCUGCAGCUGAACCCCACUCAGGCCUUCUUCCUGCUGGUGAACCAGCACAGCAUGGUGAGCGUGUCCACGCCCAUCGCGGACAUCUACGAGCAGGAGAAAGAUGAGGACGGCUUCCUCUACAUGGUCUACGCCUCCCAGGAAACCUUCGGCUUCUGAGCCAGCAGUAGGGGGGGGGGUUGGCCUGGGAGUGGGGGGGAGCCCGGUCAGGCCCUGCCCAGAAAACCCCUGGUUCCUGAACUGAGCUGCCUCUGCUUAGGGUGGGCUGGGGAGGGAUGUGGCCCCUAGUCAGAUGGCACCAACCCACCUACUCUGCCCCGGGUGGUUUUGUUAGGGUUGCCCGUCUGGGUGCUGGCUGGGACGGGGGAGGGUGAGGAACAUCCCCCAGCACCCCUGCUGUGUGGUUCAUCUUUUUUUUAGGCCCCUGCCUGCCCCUCACCCACCAGAGGCUCUGCCCACCACCUGGACCUGCCCACCCCUGAAAGACUGGCCCCCCACCCCUCAGUCUCCACAUGGCGUAUGGAUCUGUGGUCAUUGUCCCUCUGCAGAAUAAAGAUUGCUCAGGCCUGCCUGGCCC